UCUGUGCCUGGCUUUUGCAGCUCCACACUCGCACUUGCGGAGACCAGCCACGCAACAUACGGACAAGCUGUUUAUAGACUUCUCUCUGCAGCACAGCGCCUUUGGAUGUGCCCAGCCAUGCCCCAGUGAGCCGCCUAUCCCUCACUCACACGGAGGAGUGCAUGUGCGCAGAGCAAAGGAUGCGCGCUGGGGGUCUGGUGCUGCCGUGGUGAUCGUGGACUUCGGUAGCGUAGUAUCGCCAAUCCUCAUCUACAGUUGUCCCUCCCUUUCUCCUGCUCGAGCUUCCUUUGCCGGGAUGUCCACCUCUCCUGGAGCAACCGAUGGCAGCCAAAGGAACUCUUUGGAGCUGGAGGCUGACCACGCGCAGAGGGUUCCGGGGGCGGAGCCAGGUGGAGUCCCGCCCACUCAGGUCAAACUCAAAGAGAGGCAGAAGUUUUUCGAAGAGGCGUUUCAACAGGAUAUGGAGCAGUACCUGUCCACGGGCUACCUGCAGAUCACAGAGAGGCGAGAGCCAAUAGGAAGCAUGUCGUCCAUGGAGGUGAACGUGGACAUGCUGGAGCAGAUGGACCUGAUGGACAUGUCUGACCACGAGGCUCUCGACGUGUUUCUGCACUCAGGAGGAGAGGACAACAGUGCAGCCUCACCUGUCGCAGGUCCUGAUGUGGAGUCUUUCACCACAGAGAUCAGCCUGCAGGUGCCCACACAAGCAGAGCUGCGCCACAAGCUCUGCUCCCUCUCCUCCACCUGCACCGACUCGGCCAGCCAGGACACAGAGGCAGGAGAGGAGGAUGAGGAGGAUGAAGAGGAGCAGGACGGGGGCAGCAGAAGACCCCCUGUGGUGGUGACUCUGGACGAUGAGGAGGUGCAUCCCGAUACUGCACUGAUGGACCGGGACGAUCACCAUGACGACCAGAGCAGCAGUAGUAAAAACUCGACAGGAAGCCGGCCGAAAGUUUGAGCAUUAAAAUGGACAAAAGAGCUGCCAAACACACACAAACACUACAUACAUACAAGUACCAUAAGUUUGCACUUUCGGCCACAUGACCAUCAGGACACAGUGAAAUUCCAACACAUUUUUAUCCAUUCCCGUAGACAGUAAAUUAUAAAUGGCACUGGCUGAGUCCCUUGCAAGAAAUUGACACAUAUUCAAGUAUUCUUGGUGUCAGUUUAACAAGAGUCUGGUGUCCCCAUCUAUAUAUUAAUUUUGGAACAACAUUUAGUUAUCAGAAGAAUUUUAGGCAUCAUUCAUUCCGCUGAAGUAAUGAUAAAUAUAGUGCAAUUGUGGAAAACCUCAAAGCCAUUUCACAUGUUUCAUACUUGAAAGAGGUUAUGUUGACCAAAUGAUGUAGUUACUGUGCGAUGUGUGGCCUGCCUAAAAGUGAGAAGUACUGAUGAACUACAUGAUGCCAUUGUGUGGACCGUCACCCUGGGGUGGAGCUCCUCUUUACCAAAUGGACUAAACUCCUGAGACUGUGUGCUAUGCACUGGACAUAAGCAAGGCUGAACCUCUCCUGUUUUGGUACUGACAUGUCGACGUGUGUGUGAUGUGACAACCAUGACCCUUGACCUCAGUUUUUUCCCUGCAGUCCUUAACUUGGUAGUAAACGUUUGUUUUAAAAAUCAUCUAAAUACUGGGGAAUGGUGUGUG